AUGGUGCUCUCGCCGCAGGGCCGUCUGCACCAGGUGGAAUAUGCGCUGGAAGCGGUCAAGCAAGGCUCGGCCGUCGUCGGCGUGCGCUCCAAGACGCACGCGGUGCUUGUCGCGCUGAAGCGCGCGCCGUCCGAGCUUGCGUCGUACCAGCGCAAGAUGCUCAAGAUCGACCAGCACAUGGGCAUUGGCUUUGCGGGCCUCACGAGCGACGCGCGUGUGCUGAGCAACUACAUGCGCCAGCUCGCGCUCUCGUCGCGCGUGAUGUACGCGCGCGCGCUCCCGGUGUCGCGCAUGAUGAGCGCGCUCGCAGACCGCGCGCAGCUGAACACGAUGCAGUACGGCAAGCGCCCGUACGGCGUCGGGUUCCUGGUGAUCGGCGUCGACGGCACCGGGCCGCAUCUGUACGAGUUCAGCCCGACGGGCAACUGCUUCGAGUACUACGCCAUGUCUCUCGGCGCGCGGAACCAGAGCGCGAAGACCUACCUCGAGCGCCACAUGGAGGAGCUUGCCGAGGCGGACCUCGACGCGCUCGUGCACCAUGCGCUGCGUGCGUUGCGCGAGACCCUGCCGCAGAACAAGGACCUCGAGCGCGCCGCCGUCUCGGUCGCGAUCGUGGGGCCCGGCGCGGAUGCGGAUCCCAACGCGCCGGAAGCGCGCGAGGGCCAAAAGUUUACAAUGCACGAGGGCGACGAGCUCGCCGCGUGGUUUGAUGCUCUCGGGCCCAAGGAGCGCCAGCGCGCCGCACAGGAACAGACCGACGCGAACAACGCGCCGACCGAGGGCGAGGCGCCGACCGAUGCGCCGACCGAAGCGCCGAUGGACGAGAAUUAG